CAUAUAUAUAAUAAUUGCCGAAGUAAACAAACUGUAUAUAGAUUAUUAAGGAAAAAUGGGAUUGAGGUUUCUUUGGAAAGGUUUGGUUUUAGCAGUGGUUGUUGCGUGGGCGGCGACGGGGACGGUGAAGAGAGGGGAGGCGCAAUUAGUUGAAAAUUUCUAUGGCUCAAAUUGCCCAAACUUAGAGCAAAUCGUUACGCAAUCUGUUCAAACCAAAUUUGCUCAAACUUUUGUUACAAUUCCCGCAACUUUGAGACUCUUCUUCCAUGAUUGCUUUGUCGAGGGAUGCGAUGCUUCAGUGUUGAUAGCUUCUCUAAAUGGAGAUGCAGAGAAAGAUGCAAAAGACAAUCUUUCAUUAGCGGGAGAUGGAUUUGACACCGUUGUUAAAGCAAAGCAAGCUGUUGAAAAUGUUUGUCCUGGUCUCGUUUCUUGUGCUGACAUCUUGGCUCUUGCAACUAGAGAUGUUGUUAACUUGGCAGGAGGUCCACAAUAUAGUGUGGAACUUGGACGUAGAGAUGGGCUUAUUUCUCAAGCAUCUCGAGUGGCAGGAAACCUACCAGAACCAUUCUUCGAUCUGAACCAACUAACAAACAUGUUUGCCGCCCACAACCUAACCCUAAUCGAUAUGAUCGCCCUUUCUGGAGCCCACACCCAGGGAUUCUCCCACUGUGACCGUUUCGCAAAUCGCCUUUACUCAUUUUCACCUUCUUCUCCAACGGACCCAUCGUUGGACCCCGAGUACGCACGGCAGCUAAUGGAUGCUUGUCCGCAGAAUGUGGAUCCCAGUGUGGCCAUCAACAUGGACCCUAUAACUCCUCAGACCUUUGACAACGUUUAUUAUCAAAACCUCAUCUCUGGCAAAGGCUUAUUCACUUCCGAUCAGAUUCUGUUUACCGAGUCUGAAUCACAACCAACAGUUAGUAGUUUUGCCACCAAUGGAGCAGAGUUUAAUGCAGCGUUUAUCACAGCCAUGACCAAGUUAGGUCGAGUUGGGGUUAAGACCGGUAAUGAUGGUGAAAUUCGAAGGGAUUGCACUGCCUUUAAUUCCUAAUACAUGUUAUAUAUCAACACAGAGAAGUAUACGUUAAUAUUGUGGCCUUUAAUUUAUAUAUAUAUAACUUUCAAUUGCUUGUCCUUUGCAUGGAAUUUGUUUGAACAAAAAAUAAACAAUGAUAUGAUAUAAAUAACUAAUUAAUUUAUGUUGUUUGUUUAGUUUAGCCACAUGAACUUUUUGAUCUCGAUCCAUACCUAAACAAGAUGAUUGAAGUAUUCUUGGAUUUGUAAGUUAAUUUAGUUUGUUAAAUUGGCACUUGAAUCUCGUCCUUGUUGGACUUCAAUAUGGUUCUUAUAAUAAUCUUGAUCUCUGCCUGUGUACUCUUUGAUAUGGUAUCAAUGUACUAUGAGUUGGCUUGUUUAAGAGACAUUUGUACUAAUUUGACGUAAUUAUAUACUUAAAUGCUCAAAAAGAAGUAAUCAAGUGUCUCACCUUUAGCUACGUUUUUACAUAUGACGACAAUAGUGUCCAAGGAUAUGUUUGGUGCUUGAGAUUGGCCAAGGGGCAAUUUGAACAUGGCUCAUUGAUUAUUUUGCAAUUGUUAUAUUCAUUUGCUUAGCUAGGGUCGAUUUAAACAUUGAGACAUUUGACAUCUUUUUUUGGAAUCUGUGUUUUUCUAUGCCUAUUUCUUGAUAUGUUGUGUGAGUUUAAACCUAUUUGUAAAGUACUUUAGGUCUUAUAUCUUGAAAACUCUAAAGAUGUAACUUUUAACUAUAUAUAACCAAUCAAAAGUAUUAUAGACCACUACUUUGGGCAUUGCCUAAACCCUAAAGAAACCUAUACCAAGAGUUUAAUAAUUACGCUUCUCAUUACUCAUCUAUGAACCUUUUUACAUUUGUUUUUCCAA